AUGAAGAAGCAACAAAUAAGAAUUGCAUACUGGAAUAUAAAAACACUUUAUUCGAAAGACCAUGAACUAAUUCCCGAACUCAACGAACAUAAAAUAGACACAACAAUAGUGCACUUUCCGAAACAAAAAAGAAAGGCGUACCAAAAGACCAAAGAGCAAUCAGGCGUUGGAGUACCUAUAAAUGAUAAAUAUGAACAGAAUAUAAAAAGCAUAGAAUACGUGUGCGACAGAAUCCUGAGAGUAAAGAUUAUGUUUGACCAACCCAUUCACAUUAUAUCAGUGUACGCACCCGACAUUAAUAAACCUGAAGAAAUGUCAAUGGACUUCUACGAAAAUCUACAGUCAGCGAUAGACAAAAUACCAAGACAUGAAAAGAUAAUUCUGUUAGGGGAUUUAAACGCAAGAAUUGGAAACCAGGUAGUGGAUGGAAUAAAACAAAAAUAUAACGAGAAUAUAACUAAUAGAAAUGGCGAAAUUUUGACCGAAUUCUGUGGACAGAACGAACUGAGAAUAAACAACACAUAUUUUCCCCAUAAAGAACAAUACAAAUACACCUUCUAUGACAAUAGAAACAAUAAAUCAAUAAUCGAUUAUAUCAUCACCAAUCGAAGUUUCUUACCUCAACAAAUAAUAGACAUAAGAGUCUUAUCCUCAGCCAACAUUGGAACAGAUCACAAACUUGUGCUAGGAAAGAUACGAAUAGGUGCGCCGCUAUCCAAAAAAAGACCAUCGAUAAAAACUGAAAAAUUCAAUAUAGAAUGCCUCAAUCACGAAAGCACUAAACAACUUUAUUCAAACAGAUGCCAAACACAUGUCACUCUUAACCCCAUAGCACAGUUUGAUACUCCUAACACAGCUUGGAACAAACUGAAAGAAAACAUCUGCAAAGGUGCUAAAGAAGCUUUAGGAACACGUACUGUAUCACACAAUAGAAGACCGAACAUUAAACCUUGGUUUACAUUAGAAGUCAAGAACAUUACAAGGGAAAAGAAGGAAAAAUACUUACAAUACAAGAAAUCUCCAACACCGGAGAACCGAAAUAUCUAUACCGAAAUAAGGAACAGGACUAAUAAUAGAGCACGAGAAAUUAAAGAAGAAUAUUGGCAGCGAUUUAGUAGCGAAAUGGAGGCGGAUAUGUACGGAGCACAAAAACGUAUUUGA